CUAUUCAAACCCGCUUCGAGAAAGGAAAAAAAAGAAACCGGCGUGACUUUAAAUACCGGUAAACCUUCGACGAUCUGAAAAAAAAAAAAAAGGCAAACGAUCUAUCUUCAUCCCGUCGAAAAUCUACGCCGAUUUCCUCUCUCAGUCACAGUUCAGUAAUGGCGACUGCCAUGGUGGAAGACACAACUUUCGAGGACGACCAGUUAUCGUCCAUGUCCACUGACGACAUCUCCAGAGCUUCCAGGCUUCUAGACAACGAGAUUCGGAUUCUGAAGGAAGAGUUGCAGAGGACGAAUCUCGAAUCGGAAUCCUACAAGGAGAAAAUAAAGGAGAAUCAAGAGAAGAUUAAGCUCAACAAACAGCUUCCUUACUUGGUUGGAAACAUUGUCGAGAUUCUGGAGAUGAACCCAGAAGAUGAUGCAGAAGAAGAUGGUGCUAACAUUGACCUCGACUCGCAAAGAAAAGGGAAAUGUGUAGUCCUAAAGACAUCUACUCGUCAGACAAUUUUCCUUCCUGUGGUUGGUUUGGUUGACCCUGACAAGUUGAAGCCUGGUGACUUGGUUGGAGUUAACAAAGACAGCUACUUGAUCCUUGACACUUUACCGUCCGAGUAUGAUUCCCGAGUAAAAGCCAUGGAGGUUGACGAGAAGCCCACCGAGGACUACAAUGACAUUGGAGGGUUGGAAAAGCAGAUUCAAGAACUAGUAGAGGCCAUUGUGUUGCCCAUGACUCACAAAGAGAGAUUUCAGAAGUUGGGCAUUCGCCCCCCGAAGGGGAUUCUCUUAUAUGGCCCUCCCGGUACUGGUAAAACAUUGAUGGCUCGUGCCUGUGCUGCACAAACAAAUGCCACUUUUCUAAAGCUGGCUGGUCCACAACUCGUCCAGAUGUUCAUAGGUGACGGAGCGAAACUUGUCCGAGACGCAUUUCAGCUAGCAAAAGAGAAGUCACCGUGCAUCAUUUUCAUUGACGAAAUUGAUGCAAUUGGGACAAAGCGUUUCGAUAGUGAAGUAAGUGGUGAUAGGGAGGUACAAAGGACGAUGUUGGAAUUGCUUAACCAGCUUGAUGGAUUCAGCAGUGAUGACAGAAUCAAGGUGAUUGCUGCUACGAAUCGAGCUGAUAUCUUGGACCCUGCUCUGAUGCGUUCUGGUCGUUUGGAUCGUAAGAUUGAGUUCCCCCAUCCAACUGAAGAAGCUAGAGCCCGGAUCUUGCAGAUCCACUCGAGGAAAAUGAACGUUCACCCUGACGUCAACUUCGAGGAACUGGCCCGUUCGACGGAUGACUUCAACGGGGCACAGCUGAAAACUGUGUGCGUGGAAGCCGGAAUGCUUGCUCUUCGGCGGGAUGCAACGGAGGUGAAUCAUGAGGAUUUCAAUGAAGGCAUAAUCCAAGUGCAAGCCAAGAAGAAAGCAAGCUUGAAUUACUAUGCAUGAGUGAGUGGUGCACAAGGAGCAACUCCUGCAAAACUCAGCCACUUAUUCUGCAGUAUUUGAAACAAAUUUGGUACGGUGUCGGAAUAUCCUAAAUAUCGAUAGCAAACUACAGAUCCUUCUAAGUAGUCGUUUUGAGCUGUGAUGAACAUUGAGCACUAUGUGUUGCGAGUAUGACAGAGCAGUGCGAUGUUGGUUAAGCAGCUUAUGGAAAUUUGGGGGUUAGUAGAAGGGAAGAGGCUCACCCCGGAAAAGGGAAUACCAUUUUCACAAGUAAUAGUAGGGGUGAACAAACGCACCCGCAAACCGUCCAAUCCGAUCCAACCCACCCGUAUUUAUCGCUAAAACGAAGGUUUUGGGUUGGGUGAGGAUUUUCUUUUGCACAACCCGCCUCUUUUGGGUUGGGUUUGGAUUUUUUAUUACACAACCCGUAGAACCCGACCCAACCCGUGUUCCAAUUAUUGGUAUGAGUUCGUAACCAAAAAAAAUAUUUAUGUCGUAUAUAGUCAUACUUAUGAGAAAAUUGAGAUAUUUUGUCUUGUUUUUCUCUUAAGGUCUCCCUAAUCUAAUGCAUUUUUCGGCUUAAAGUUUAGACAUAAAUUUAAUAUAGCUAUGAUUCACAU